UUUGUCAACAAAUAUUUGUUUAGUGAACAUUUUAUUAUGUUAAUUCCAUCAUGCCUUAUAAAAUUAUUAGAACUGAUGCUGACGGUGGCGUGCCUGACGCUGCACCAGUACAGCUACGACCUGACCGACCUCACCACGCUCAUGCUGUGCUCCGGCACAUACGUCGGCUACCUCAUUGUGCUGUCUGGAGAAAUUAUUGGUGAAGCAGUAUCAGCGACGGCAGACCCGUACGUCAACGCAUGGUGGUCUGCCACAGGGGCCGCGCUGUUCGGUGCCAGCGGGGCACACUCCAUGUCGUGGUGGCGCGGCGUGCCCCCGUGCCCCAGGAAGACCUACGCGGGGGCCGCAGCCAUCGUUGCCAUGGUAACCGCCGGCGUCCUACUCGUAGAUACGUUGAUGUCCUUCUGCGAGGCUCACAGAGAUGAUCACAGUGAGAAGUGACGCUGAGGAUUACGUGGUAGAGAAAUGAUAAUAGUGUAUUAAAUGUUGUAUUUGGA